GCCGCCGCCGCCAGCAGCGAGCACACACAAUAUGUGGUGGCUCGCGAAAACGGGAGGCAGGAGCCUGGCGGCCAGCCCGCGCCGGUAACCGGCCCCAUGUGAGACGGGAGCUCGCCUUUCGCCGCCCGGAGACGAUCGGCCGCCAAACGCGAUGUCUUUCCGAGAGAUCAAGGCGGGGGAAAAAGCCAAGCACCCUGAAGAUCAUGGCAAAAAGCAGAGUUCAAGUUGGAUCAACGGAAUGGAGAACAGCACCCAAGCCAGCACUUCUGUCGAGAAAAGAAAUCACCAUUGGAGAAGUUACAAGUUGAUUAUUGACCCGGCUCUGAAAAAAGGACAGCACAAACUCUAUCGUUAUGAUGGACAACAUUUUAGCAUGCCUAACUCGGGAAUCGCUCCUGUGGAUUGUGUCAGAGAUCCCAGAAUAGGGCGAAUAUGGACCAAAACUAAGGAAUUGGAGCUGUCUGUCCCCAAAUUCAAGAUCGAUGAAUUUUACGUGGGGCCAGUGCCUCCCAAGCAGGUCACCUUUGCCAAGCUGAAUGACAACAUCCGUGAAAACUUUUUGACCGACAUGUGCAAGAAAUACGGUGAAGUGGAAGAGGUGGAGAUUCUCUACAACCCCAAGAACAAGAAGCACCUGGGCAUUGCCAAAGUGAUCUUUGCCACUGUCAAGGGUGCCCGGGAGGCCGUCCAGCACCUUCACAACACCUCCGUCAUGGGCAACAUCAUCCACGUGGAGCUGGAUACAAAAGGUGAAACCCGCAUGCGAUUCUAUGAACUGCUAGUUAAUGGUCUUUACACUCCUCAGACCCUUCCCGUAGGCACCGAGCAGGAUGUGUCACCAACUGUGAAUGAAACUCUGCAGUUGACGGAUUCUCUAAAACGCCUGAAAGACAGUAAUCUUUCUUCUGCGGGAUCAUCUGUUACCCCAAACAGUAGUACGCCGUUUUCCCAUGACACAGCCUAUUCCAGCUGUCGGCAAGACACCCCAAACUCGUACAGCCAAUAUACCCCCCAGUCCCAAGGAACACCUCACACCCCCCGGCUAGGGACACCGUUUUCCCAAGAUUCCACCUAUUCUAGUCGUCAGACAACGCCUGUAUACCAUUUUGGACAGGACAGUGGGUACAAACCCCGGAGGCAUGAAACAAAAUUUACAGAUGCCUACAACCGACGACCGGGACAUCACUAUGUUCAUAAUUCGGCAGGUGUUUUCCGAGGGCCAGAGCAUCAGUUUAGUACGUUCAAAUCUCAUCAGCAAGAACCAGUUCAGUUCUCUCACACUCCUCCCUUGAGCCACUCUGGUUCUUCAAGCUACAAAUCUGCCUUCUCUCCCUACCAAGCACCAGCUGUUUUUCCCCAGUCUGAUGAGCAACAGUUUCCCCAAACUUCGAGGGAAACAGAGUACCGAAGACCUGCGCCACCUCCAGCUGAGAUGGUUGUAGAAAGUAGCACUGCCACUAAUAUUGAUUUUGUUCCAGUGAAGGAAAAACAGGAGGAACCUCCACCCCUACCAGAUUCGAACUCUGUUCCUGAACCGAGUACAGCAAGCUUCUCUCAGACUCCAGAGAGGAGCGAGACCCCCGGCACCCCAACCAUGGAAUCAGAAAUGCAGCAUAACAGUUUAGACUCAAGGAUUGAGAUGCUCUUAAAAGAGCAGAGAACAAAGUUACCCUUUCUUAAUGAGCAUGACUCAGAUAAUGAGGUCCGAAUGGAAGGUAGUCCUAUCUCCUCUUCCUCUUCCCAGCUUUCUCCAAUCCCAAUGUACAGUUCAAACUCUCAGCCUGGUUACAGAGCUCAAACACCAUCCUCGCGCCCGUCCAGCACGGGCUUGGAGGACAUCAGCCCGACGCCGCUGCCUGACUCCGAUGACGAUGAGCCCAUCCCAGGGACAGCUUCUCUGAGUCAGAAUUCCAGGGCAGCGUCGGAGGCCAGCAUGACUCCUGUUGAUCCCCUGAGCAGGACCUCCAAAACUGAGACCUCGGAGGUUAAAGAAAUGGUGCCUGGUGAUCAGACGCCAACAUCAGAAAAAAUGGAUGAGGGUCAGCAUUCUUCAGGGGAGGACAUGGAAAUCUCUGACGACGAGACGAAUCCUGCGCCCAUCACCAGUGCAGAAUGUGCCAAAACCAUUGUGGUGAACUCCUCCGUCAGCAACACGGCUGUGAUGGCUCCGUCGAUCCCCAUGCCCCCGCCAGGAUUUCCCCCCCUGCCGCCUCCGCCACCUCCACAGCCAGGCUUCCCGAUGCCUCCGCCGCUGCCUCCACCACCCCCGCCCACGCACCCCGCCGUCACCGUCCCUCCACCUCCUCUACCUGCACCCCCCGGGGUCCCUCCGCCUCACAUCUUGCCUCCACUUCCUCCGUUCCACCCCGGCAUGUUCCCCGUCAUGCAAGUGGAUAUGAUAAGUGUCCUGGGUAACCAGUGGGGUGGCAUGCCGAUGUCCUUCCAGAUGCAAACUCAGAUGCUGAGUCGCAUGAUGCAGGGACAAAACACGUACCAGUAUCCGCCUUUCAUGGGGGGCCGGAUGCAGUUUUUGAAUCUUCCACCCUACCGCCCCUUCUCAAUGGGAGCAGCGCUUGGUCGUGGACAGCAGUGGCCACCGCUGCCCAAGUUUGACCCCUCGGUUCCACCGCCGGGUUAUGAGCCGAAGAAGGAGGAUCCCCACAAAGCUACUGUGGAUGGAGUCCUCCUGGUCAUAGUGAAGGAACUAAAGGCAAUCAUGAAAAGGGACCUGAACCGGAAGAUGGUUGAAGUGGUAGCGUUUCGGGCGUUUGAUGACUGGUGGGACAAGAAGGAACGUCUGGCAAAGGCGUCCCUCACUCCAGUGAAGUCUGGAGGAGAACUGGAGGAGAAGCCGAAGCCAAAGGAUCGGAUCACAUCUUGUCUCUUGGAGAACUGGAACAAAGGAGAAGGCCUGGGAUAUGAAGGAAUCGGUUUGGGCAUUGGGUUACGAGGGGCUAUCCGGUUGCCAUCCUUCAAGGUGAAAAGAAAGGAGCCACCUGAAGCUGCCUCAGCAGGAGAUCAGAAGAGAAUCCGGCCUUCUACUUCUGUUGAUGAUGAAGAUGAAGAGUCGGAAAGGGACAGAGAUGCUUCCGAUGUGACAUCUGGCCUGUCAAAGAAGGAUGCAGAAGCAGUGGGGCUGAGACGGCGACCAGCACGGCCUCUGGAGCUGGACAGUGAGGGGGAGGAGGGAGAUGAGACAUCGGGUAAAGAGGAGGAAUCCUCCUCAGAGAAGGAAGAAGAGCAGGAGGAAGAGGGAGGCUUGGUGAAAGCAGCGCCUGGCAAGGAGGAAGAGGAGGAUGAGGAUGAAGAGGAGGAUGAGGAUGAAGAGGAGGAUGAAGAGGAAGAUGAGGAUGAAGAGGAUGAUGAGGAAACAGGAAUAGAAACAAGUGACAAGGAAGAAGAACAGGACUCUGAGGAGGAAGAUGUAGCAAGUCCCUCAUCUUCCAAGGCUGAAGUUGAAUCAUCUGACGAAAGUGAGGACUCCUCUGAAUUUGAGUCGAGCUCUGACUCGGAUGAUGAAGAGGAGGAGGAGGAUGAAGAUGAGGAGGAGGAGGAGGAAGAAGAGGAGGAGGAAGAGUUGGCUCAAGAUCAAGAUAGAGAAGCCAUAGUUGCUGAGACAGAGCAUGAACCUGCCAGUCAUGAACUCCCUGAUGAAGAGAGGGAGACCAUUUUGGAGCUAUAUCCUGUGGACGACUUCAUGGAUGCAACGGGCUUGGGACUUGCAGAGCCAGCUUUGGUAGAAAAAGAUGAAGGCAUGGAAGAAGUCAAGGCAGGGGAAAGUGAAUGUGGUGAAGUCCCAGAGGAAUCUAUUGCUGCUGAAACACUCCUGGUUAUAGAAAGAGACCAGGAGAGAAAACUUGCACUGUCUCCCAUCUGUGGGCCAGUGGAAGAGUCUGAACCAGUUACCAUGCUGGAGCCAGAUGUACAGGAAGGUCUGAAGCCUGAAUCUCAAGAUGAGGAGGCGGCGCUCUGUCUCUCAACUCCAAUGGGAGUCUUUGGAGAACCUCUACCCAAUAAAAGCAGCUUCUUUAGCAAGUCUGAUGACAGCAGCUUAGAAGCACGUGUUAAAGCAAAACUGCCCUCUGCAGCAGAGGAAGAAGACCGGCUGCCUCGGACACCUGGGCGGGAGGUGGUGGUCCAUUCAGAAACUGAUACUCUUCUGCUUCCAGCCCAAAAGGUGCCAUCCUCCGUGCUCCCGUCAACUCCUGGUAAAGAGGAAUCUUUAGUCCCUCCAGAAAAGUUCCCUGAACAGUUAAUGGUGACCAAAACGCCUGUGGAAGAGGAGAUUCCUCGGACUCCUGGGCGAGACAUUUUGGCCAAGUCUUCACACCCCCUUGCAAAGUCACAGAGUACGGACACUGUUCCAGCCACCCCUGGAAGCGAUGCUCCGCUUACAGGAAGCAGCUUGACCCUCAGUUCCCCUCAAGUCCCAGGGAGCCCCUUUUCCUACCCAUCCCAAUCUCCUGGCAUUAACAGUGGCAUUCCUCGGACUCCUGGGAGAGAUUUCAAUUUCACGCCUACUUUCCCAGAGGCUGGUGCUACCAUUCCUUGCCUUCUGUCUGGCAAGAAACAGUCAGAGGAUGAGCUAGAUGAGAAACCCUUUAAAGAGCCUCUUGGUGCUUCCCUUAUGGUCAGCAUGAACAGUGUUCCUUCCCCUAUCCCUUUUGCCAGCCCCCCACAAGCAGAUUUCCACACAGACAUGGGCCUGCCACCUGAUGAGCCAAUACCUGUAGCAGCCCUGCCCUGCAUGCCCAGAGAUGGAAGAAUGCCCAUUGAGGAAUGCAAGGCAGAAGUAAAAUCUGUUUUGCUCUCACCGGAAGCACCCAUGGGUGCUUCUAUUCUUCCUCCCCCACCACCACCUUCUGUCCUUCCCAAAAGGAGGCCAGGUCGGCCAAAACGGUCACCACCUUCUGUCCUCUCGCUGGAUGUCUACACGGGCAAAACCAUAGAACCUCCACCUGUCCCAGUGGCCUUGGUGGAAAGUGCUGUGAGCAAAGAGCUGUUAAGUGGACAUCCUGAUGCUUUCUAUGGACUGAAAGACCCUGAAGCUGUCACCCUGGAUUUCAGGAAUGAUGGUUUCCACGAGAAAAUAGCAGCUGAGACGGUCACAGAGAAACUGCCAUUUAAGGAACUGGAGAACCAGUGGAAUGAAGACUUCAAAGAAGAAGAAGCUCAUGUGAAACCUAAAAGACAGUGGCGAAGGCAGAAGAAAACACCUGAGGACGUCCCAGUGAUUCCUUCCCCUGAGUAUUCCCCACCCCGGCCUCAGUUCAGACCGCGCUCCGAGUUUGAGGAGAUGACCAUUUUGUAUGAUAUUUGGAACGGAGGCAUUGAUGAGGAAGAUAUCAAAUUCAUGUGUAUCACAUAUGACCGCUUGUUACAGCAAGACAAUGGUAUGGACUGGCUCAACGACACCCUCUGGGUAUUCCAUCCUUCAACUAGCUUUUCUACUCCCAAGAAAAAGAAGCGGGAUGAUGGGAUGCGGGAGCAUGUGACAGGCUGUGCACGAAGUGAAGGCUAUUACAAAAUUGAUAAGAAGGACAAACUUAAAUACCUCAACAAUAGCCGAGCUUUUGCGGAGGAGCCUCCAGCUGACACGCAGGGUAUGAGCAUCCCUGCCCAACCUCACGCUUCCACCCGGGCUGGCUCCGAGAGGCGGUCAGAGCAACGCAGACUCCUUUCCUCCUUCACUGGUAGCUGUGACAGCGACCUGCUCAAGUUCAACCAACUCAAGUUCCGGAAGAAAAAACUAAAAUUCUGCAAGAGCCACAUUCAUGACUGGGGCCUUUUUGCUAUGGAGCCCAUUGCAGCUGAUGAGAUGGUGAUUGAAUACGUGGGUCAGAACAUCAGGCAGGUCAUUGCUGACAUGCGUGAAAAGCGAUACGAGGAUGAAGGCAUUGGAAGCAGUUACAUGUUCAGAGUCGACCACGACACCAUCAUCGAUGCCACAAAGUGCGGAAACUUUGCCAGGUUUAUUAAUCACAGCUGCAACCCAAAUUGCUAUGCUAAAGUGAUCACCGUGGAGUCUCAAAAGAAGAUCGUCAUCUACUCAAAACAGCACAUCAAUGUGAACGAGGAAAUUACCUACGACUACAAGUUUCCGAUAGAGGAUGUAAAAAUCCCAUGUCUAUGUGGCUCUGAGAACUGCAGGGGAACCCUAAACUGAACUUGAGGUUUCUCAUCACACUUGCACCUUCGGCCAUGUCAGAACUGUGGUAACCAGGUGUGGUUGCACUUUGCCAAAAAAGAGGGGAAAAAAAAGAAAAAAAAGGAAGAAAAAAAAUUAAAAAAGAAAAAAAUAUUUUAAAAAAAGAGAGGAGAAAAGAGAAGAAAAAAAAAAAAAACAAGCAAGUUUCGCACUUCUGCCAGGAUCAUGAAUGAAAGCAAAAAGCGCACAUGCUUACGAGGACUGUUCAUGUUUCAGGUGCUCUUUCCUUUUCAGAUCCAACACGCGCACAAAAAGGUGAUUACCAUUUUGUGGCAUGGUCUAUCCAAACACUAGCUUCUCUCUGUUUGGUCCCUACGUUAAUGCUCCAUAAUGGGAUAAUGGUACCUUUUUUUUUUAAUUGUUGUUAUAAACUUUCAUCUUUUCAUAAAUGCUGCUACCUUUUUCUCAUCAGUUUUGUUGGUCGAAAAGACAUUCAACGUUUAAUGUGAAGCAGAGACUGAAAAUGCCAUAAAAGGUUUGUUGGGAGCUUGAUUGGCUGCAAUUGCACAGACUUCUCAGAGUAAGCUGUAAAUAAAUGUAAGGUUGAUGUUACAGAGCAAGCCAGAGGCUUGAGGGGUGUGAAUGGGCUGCAUGCGUGUGCUUGGGUGCGUGUGUGCGUACGGAGACGUGUCUACAGUGAGACUAUAGGUGAACUGUCCUGCCUUUGCAUUAGGGAGGAGCCCGAAACGGUCCCGAACCCGGACGCCCUGCAGAGCGAUCAGGUCUGCUCCAAACUCGGGCUCAUCUCUAAUUUUCAUGCACCGUGCUGGUAUUUUGGGGGAUCCAAACCUCAGCAUCCGUACAAGGAAAAUAUUGGAUACCGCAGUUGCCAGGAGUAAGAAGUUGAGUCAGUUUUGUAGCCGUAGGAUCGCAGCGCAGUGGAUGCCUGUUUCUUGUGGAUUGACUUGUCUUGCAUUGAAAAAGAAAAAAAAACUGAGGCUGAGAUUCAGUGGGCAGUACAGCCCUCGGUUAUGCUGUAGAAAUCUUGCCCUCCUUGUAAGCAUACUGCGUGCCCCUCGUCGCUAAUGCUGGGGCCUGCGGUCUUCUCUCUGGUGGUGGGAAACCGGCUGAUGCGUUUCUCGUGCUGUCACGUGCAUCUCCCUGCCCGUCGAGCGUUCGCAGGGGGAGUGUUUGCCCUGGCCUUGGAAGGGGGAGACUCCCCUCGCGAUAGGAGAGGAGCUGCCGCGCAGCUCCCCUCCCUCCGUUACACAGUAACUUGCCCUCGGCCGGGCCCGUCCUUCCCGCGAGACCGAACGCGGAAGAAAGCGCUCCCGAGUGCAAGUUAGCGGUGCUCUCCUCCCCCCUCCACAGUAUGAGAAUGAAUGCUUUUUUCUUUUUUUUUUUUUUUUUUGAAUUUGGAAGGCAUCCUUUGAAAUCAUUUUCCAAUCUGCGUUGCCCUUGCGGAGGUACCGGCUGAAGUUGGCAGUUCUCCAAGAGGUUCCAUUUACAAAUGGGCCAAAACGCCAAAGAAACACUUCUUUGGAUGUGACCUGAACCGUUACCUGACCAUUCAGGGACGGACAGGAUCAGUGUUUCAGCUUGCAUUGAAUUUCUCUGGCUUUAAAAGUAGAGAUUAGUUGUACGAAACCUUUUAAACUGGCUUUCAGGGGAAAUUGCAAUGUAGUUAUGAAACGCAGACAUCUGCAUGACUUAAAAACUAAAAUUCUUUUCCCUGCAAAGUAAAUUGGACGGCUGUCACCUGGACCCUUUCCUGGUUAGUGACAUUUGCUCUGACACAGCUCCAUGAUCAGGGGUUGCAACCUUGCAGUGAGUUUCCCAGAAUUUUUUUCUGCCGUUACUUGGAAUUGCCAGGCCCGUACUUGGGAGCAGAGCACGUACCGCAGGCUGGACCUCCGUAUCCGAACUCCUCCUCCAAACAAAGGGCCUGUACCAACAGGGACGCACCGACUGCUACAAGCUGCCUUAACGCCGCCUGUAUUUCUAGCUGAGGACAGUGAGAUUGUCCCUAGGGUUGGACAGUCCGUAGUCUCAUCUCUGGUUUUGUUUUGCUUGUUGUUUCCUUUGGGUUUGGGGUUUUUUUCCCCUCUGUAAAUCUCUCUAGCAAGUGGGUAAUCGUGACCCAGAACCUAAAAUUAUGAGAAGCACAAAUAGUUUGUCAUUGAGUGUUGGUUGUAGCUACAGCUGUGGCAGGAGUAUUUGGGAAUUAAACCAGCUGCUUUUUUGUUUUUUUGAUGUGGAUCCUCUUGUUGUAGUCGCCCCAGUUGGCGCCUCUCCGGCUCGGCCGUUUACGCUCGCGCAGCUUUGGAAAGGCACAAACGUUUCCCGUGUCUCCGAGCUGGAGCCCCCAGGUGCAGCGGUUGGGAUGUUCUUGGCCUUCCUGCUCCACCAAGCCCCUGUGUGAAGGGUGGUUUUGGGGGCAAAAUGCCCAGCCCCAAAAUACAUGCAGAUGAUUUUGUAUUUCCCAGCUUAUCCGUGUGCUCUGGAGCUCUGGUGGGACAGGAUUAGCCCCUGCGGUUUGCCUUAACCUUCGCUGAGGGGAGCAGCCGGUCAGGGUGGCCGGCCCUGGUCUGCUGAACUGAGACCUCCGAGUUUGGCUCCUUCAUUUUUAGAGCACUGGAGGGAUUUAGGUACCAAAGCUCACGGGCUCUCCCCCAAACCACGUUCCUCUGGGCUCAAAGCCCAACGCGAGGCUCCCUUUUCCUCCGCGCAGACCUUGGCCUCGCCGGGCGCCCCGCGGGCAGGUGCCGCCGCGUCCCCGUGGGAGCGUGGGGCGCCGGCCGGCCCGGGGCCCGGCAGCCCGCGGAGGUGCCUUCCGCGCCCCUCCACGCUGCUUCGGCUUGGCUUAGGCGAGGUAAGAGGAGAGGAGGAAGGGGGAGAGGCAGCCGGGGGGCUCGGGGCAGCAGCCCCCUGCCCGCGCCGGAGCCGCCGGGACCCCGCCUGCGGCUUCUCCCAGACCCGUGUAGUUUUCUCCCAAAUUUGCUUUGACUUAAAUUGAAAACUAAAACAUGAGAGAGAGAGAGAGACGUUGGCUGUGUUCCCUGUGGAAUUGCUUCUCGCUUCGGGAUCUCCGCUAAGUGGAAUGAUCCUAGAGAGCAGUGCGGAAGUUUUGGAAAUGUCACUUAAACUUUGGGUUUCCCGCUGUGAGUAAGCUGGCUUUGUUCAGCGUGUCGAUGCCUUCGCCGCUGGCGUUUCUCGGCUCUGCUCGCCAGUCCCGCGCGCCUUUGCCCGACAUCUCUGCUUAUCUCCUAGAUCCAUCCCCACGUUUCCAGUUGGUCCCCAAAGUGGUCUGUACCUAACCGGGCUCCGGGAGGGGAAGGGGCUCAUCUUGCAGAUAUUUAUAUUGUAUAGAACAGCUUAUUUCUACAAGAAAAACAUUUUUAAACUCCAGCAAAGUAUACAGUAGUUUCAGUUCCGGUUUUUGUGACCUUUUUCAGGGAUCAUUUCAGUGCAUUUCUGUAUAAAAUAAAAAUUUAAGGAAAAAAGGAUUUUGAAGUAUAAAAAAAAUGCAUCUUCUGUACAUAGGCAAACUCAAGAAUCUUCUCUUCAAACACUGUUUCUUGUAGAAACAUGUUGAAAUUUUUUUGCUGAUUUCUUUGUACUUCAAGAGCAUGUAAAUAAUUUAUUAAAAGUGACUAUUGUAAUUUGGAGUUCUUUUUAAACAGAUUCCAGCUCUAACUCGUGUCAAGAAUGUGGGGAGGAAGGAAGGACUAAGUAUAGCAAAGGAGCUGGUGGCAUUUACAGCUUGUGUCAAGCUUUGUAUAAUGUAAAUUCUGUACAAAUAUUAUUUUUUGUGUGUGUCAAAUAAAUAGAUGAAAUUAGAAGCAUUAAGAAACUGAAGACAAAAUUGCCAAGUCAGGCUUUUUUUUUUUUUUUCUCCCCCCGCCCCCUCAGUCUGAAACCUAAUGUGCAAAAUCUAUUUAUUUCAAGUGAGGAAAUGUGUAUAGUCUAAUAGACAACCUAAAAUGUAUUUAAAUAAGUCUGCAACUGGAUUUUUUUCAAUUUAAUAUUUUUGUUUUGUUUUUACAAAUUUCCUCCUUAAUUGCCACUGUAGUAUUUGUCCAAGUGAAAAGAAACACAUUAUAAAGGACACACUCGAAUGGGCAGUUUUAAAAGCAAAAUCAAAGAACACCCUGCUCCCGAUCCGUGCAGUUUCCAGAUUCUGUAAACAGGUUGUUUUAAUUCACAGUGUGAAAAUAAAGGGCCUCCUUUAAAAGGAGGCAGGUAAAAUGGUUUGCAACGAAUGAAAAAUCCUUUUUUUUUUUUUUUUUUUUGAAGUUCAUUUGAAAAAAAAUCUCUGCUUUGAAGAUUUAGGAUUUCUGCUUUUUCCUUUGUUAAGCAAAUUUAUAAAUUUAGGGAUGUUUUGUGCAUAUAGAAUCUGUCACCAGUAUGUAUCUUGUUUUGAAGAAAGUGUUUUUGUUGUGGAUGUGUCAUGCUGUAUAUAUUUGUUCAUA